AUGAAGGCAAUUGGCGUGGAGAACUACGGUCCUAUUGACCGUCUCGAAGCUCGGGAAGUCCCGAAGCCGACAGACCUUCAGCCUCGGGAUCUUCUGGUUCGAAUCAAAGGUGUUGCUGUGAACCCGGUGGAUACGAAAGUACGGAAUGACUACUACGAUCGCGUUCCUCGACCAUUCCAAAUCACCGGGUACGAUGCAUCAGGCAUUGUCGAAGCCGUUGGAUCACAAUGCUCGCUUUUCAGUGUUGGCGAUGAGGUAUACUACUCGGGAAGCCCCAUCAGACAGGGAUCGAAUGCCGAGUAUCAACUAGUAGAUGAGAGGAGUGUUGGUCACAAGCCGAAAAGACUCGAUUUCGUGGAGUCGGCUGCCAUGCCGUUGACGUAUAUCACAGCGUAUGAAGCUCUUGUCGAAAGACUGGAGAUACAAAAGGGUGAAAAAGCAGCCCUCCUCAUCAUCAACGGGGCCGGCGGCGUGGGUGCCAUGGCUACCCAGAUUGCACGUGUUGUGUUGGAUCUUCCUGUGGUCAUCACGACAGCGUCACGCCCGGAGACAAUCCAGUUUACGAAAGACAUGGGUGCGACUCACGUUGUCAACCAUAGGGAGGAUGUUACUAGUCAGGUCGAGAAAUUCAACCUCGAUGUACCUGUGAAGUAUAUCUUCAUUACACACUCGACAGACCAGUACAUGGAUACGUGUGCUCGGGUCUGCGCGCCGUUUGGCAAGGUCUGCUCGAUCGUCCAAGGUCAAGCUAAGAUGUAUGGAACGGAGUUCAUGUCGAAGUCGUUGAUGUUUGUCUGGUGUCUGCUUGGAACCAAGCCGUAUCAUAAGGUGGAUGUCGAAUCGCACCAUCGCAUUCUGGAAGAGCUUACAGACUUGAUUGAUGCGAACAAGAUCAAGUGCCAUCUCACGAAGCGACUGAGAUUGACGCUUGACGGUGUGAAGAAAGGACAUGAGCUAUUGCAGUCUGGUGGGAGUAUAGGCAAAGUCGGGUUAGGCGUAGAUGAGCGUGGACCUGGAGAGAUCUUUGCAUAG